GCCAUUGGCCGCCUUGGCUCGCACGCUCCGAGGGAGGCGCAGACCCUUGCAGCCCUGGACGUAGGAUGACAUGUUUGUGCCGGUUUUAACGCUGAAGGCCCCGCGGCCCAGGAGCCCGUGCGCUUAGGCUUUGCUGCACGUUGGGGGCGAGGCUGCCGUCACAAGAUUUAAAACCUAUCUUGGACAGAGAUUAUUUUAAUCAUUUAGCUAAAGAUGGUGUUCUUUACGUGCAAUGCGUGUGGCGAGUCGGUGAAGAAAGUACAAGUGGAAAAGCACGUGUCUGUGUGCAGGAGCUGCGAUAGCCUCUCGUGCAUCGACUGCGGAAAAGACUUCUGGGGCGACGACUACAAAAACCACGUGAAGUGUGUGAGUGAAGACCAGAAGUACGGUGGCAAAGGCUACGAAGGGAAAACCCACAAAGGCGACGUGAAGCAGCAGGCGUGGAUUCAGAAAAUUAAUGAAUUAAUAAAGAAACCUAAUGUCAGCCCCAAAGUGAAAGAACUUUUAGAGCAAAUUAGUGCUUAUGACAACGUCCCCAGGAAAAAGGCGAAAUUCCAGAACUGGAUGAAGAACAGUUUAAAAGUUCACAACGACUCCGUCCUGGAGCAAGUGUGGAGUAUCUUUGCUGAGGCCUCAAGCGCAGAGCCAGUCAGCACGGGGCAGGCCCAGCCGCCACCUGACCAAGUGGCAGAUCCCCGUGCAGAGACGCCCGCCCAGCUUCCCGCCUCUAAAGCGGGAGAGGCCACGGCGAAGCCAGCAGAGGCAAAGAAGAAGAAGAGAGAGAGGAAGGGAGACCGGCAGAAGGAGGAACCAGAACUGGAAAACCACCAGGAAACCCCAAAGGGUCAGAAGCCCAAGAAGUGCAAAAAGGGCCAGGGGGCUGGACUGGAGGCCAACGGGGAGGACACGCCCACCGCCAACGGCUCAGCCCGGAAGAGGAGCAAGAAGAAGCGCCAGGGAGAGGAGGCAGCGGACGGAGGGGGCGCGGGCCAGGAGGAGAUGACGUCGGCUGUGGGAAAAAGAAAGCGGAAGCACGCGGAAGCUGAAACAGAAUCUAAGAAGAAAAAGAUGAAGCUUGCAGGACAGGCAGAGGGCGGAGAAGUGGACGAGCAGCAGCCUGUGAAGGGUAAAUUCAACUGGAAGGGAACUAUUAAAGCAGUUCUAAAACAGGCCCCAGACAACGAAAUUUCGAUCAAAAAGCUAAGGAAAAAGGUCCUAGCUCAGUACUACACCGUGACCAGUGACUGUCACAAGUCCGAAGAGGAGCUCCUGGUCAUCUUCAACAAGAAAAUCAGCAAGAACCCCACCUUCAGGUUACUGAAGGACAAGGUCAAGCUCCUCAAGUGAGCAUUGGAGUCUAACACUGGGCCCCUCUGCGACUCCUCCCCCCACUGCUGUUUACAAGACGUGGAAUGAAUUGGAACAACUCAGAUUUUUGCUUUCUGAAGCUGUAUUUUUAAGUUAAGCACAAAGAUAUAUUUUUGGUAGAACUUUUAUGAAAAAAUAAAAUAUAUUCUUGUCCAAAAUUCUAAAUUUG